CGUGAUCCUAAUCAUCACAGGGAGGGAAGGCCCUCCCGCUUGCGCUCUUUCUCACGCUGCUUGAACUAGAAUCGCUAUUUCAAUAGUUAACAUUAACGUGACGAGAGCUCGUUCAUUUUCCUUUUAGGACAUCAACGACAAGAGUCCAAAGCGCUUCAGCUCAAUGAUGCAUCACUUCGUCUUCACAUCUGCUGCCACAAUUCUGCUGCUGCUAUAUCUCUUCGCUCGGACAGGAUUCGCCAUUGAACUCUGCUCACCAGUCGUGAGUCACCUCGUUAAGAACACGCUCGACAACGGAAGGCUCUUCAGCUCCUGUUCGGUGAAUAAAUCACGCAGAAGAGUUCGCGUUAGCUCGCUCUUCGACGUACUCGACUUCCCCGAACGCGAUUUCCUUGUCUUCUGUCGGUCUCCAGAAUGUACCAAGCCCAUUCAAACGCUUCUACAUGCUAUUCCGACUCGCUGUCUCGUCACCUAUUGUGGUUCUGCGCGUAAUAUCUCCGAAGAAAUAUCGAUGCUAGCCGACAAGUGCGCAGUAGCCACCAGAGCAGCAGACAAAACUGACGAGGAAUACUUGUACAAAUAUUUCUUGGAUUAGCGAGUAACAAACCGUCGAUUGCAAAGAAGAUAUAUCAAAAUAUACACGUAGCUCUUGUUGUGAUGAAAGGCAAUGCGAUAUGAAGUUGUUGAGAAUGCAUUGAGAACUGUUGAAGUUGCUUCAGUUGCUCUAUCAUGUGGUUACACAAAUUUAUGUGGUCCGUAG